GUUAACCGCUCAGAUUUACUUUACAGGAUUGCCUAUACUAUUAUUUGCUGUUAAGUUGAAGUGGCAAUCCAGGAUACAAUUCAAACCGCGUGUCAGCGCGCUUAGAAGCACGUGUUAUGCCCGCGUGCAUGCCAAUUCAAGGGUGGGGACACCUGCCUUGCCUACAAUUAAACCGGCGUGUUUCCACGCCUCAAAUUUCGCUGGGAUCAAAUGGUUCAGGGCAUGUGUGCCCCUGCUGUAUCUGCUGCAUACGCUAGUGUCCAAACCAAGUGUUUGGUGUCACACACCAGCUAUCAUUUGCUACCAGUGCUGCCGCUUUACCACCCUCCUGCGUGACCGGAGCAUGCCGUAGGCCCAGAGUAUGGCUUUUUUAUAGAAUGGUCAACAUGCACAGAUCCCCCAUAUGCGGCCACACUAUACCUCCCAAGCGCAACACCCGGUUUGACGUGUUGACCAACGCCAUGCGCAUCAACAAUGGCACCUACGUGCCGUGCGCUUCUGGUAUGGCUGGUUUUGCGUGGUCUAACGUGUACUUGUUUAUUGACAUUACAGGCGUUGUGUACACCUAGGCGCGUCCCAGUAUUCUCUCCACCCAAUGUACGCCUCGAAUGGACACCAAUGCAAUCCUGGCCAUCGAUCGUCUCCGCGCUGAGUAGCAUAAUCACGCUGCUGUGCGUGCACCUACGCCGAAGCCGCAUCAAGGAGGUGGUGGUGU